UUUUGACCGUCGUUAAAUUUUCAUAACUGGCAAAGCUGAUCAAAGUUGGCAAAGUAAGAAGAGAAGAGAGGAAGAAAAAAGUCUGAUAGAUGAGAUGUCCAAAGUGAUGGAAGAAACAGAAAGAGUAAAAAGCAAAGAAGAAGAAGAAGAAAUAUGGAGUUGGGGAGCAGGAACAGAAGGACAAUUAGCAACAGGGAAACUUCAAGAUGAACAUCAACCUCAACUCAUUCAAUCCCUUUCUUCUUCUUUUGGUCCAAUCUCUCAUCUCUCUUGUGGUGGUGCCCAUGUCAUUGCCCUUACCUCUGGUGGAAAAGUGCUAACAUGGGGGAGGGGUACUUCUGGUCAGUUAGGCCAUGAGGAGAUGGUGAACUGCUUACACCCAAAGUCAGUAGAGUCUUUGGAAGGCAUCUUUAUUACACAUGCUUCUGCUGGAUGGAAUCACUCAGGAUUUGUUUCAGAUACUGGUUACGUAUUUACUUGUGGAGAUGGUUCAUUUGGUCAGCUUGGGCAUGGGGAUUAUAUCUCAAGGUGUUUUCCUGUACAAGUGUUGCAAUUCAAGACUAGGCAUGUCGAGCAAAUUGCUUGUGGUAUGCGUCAUUCACUUGUCUUACUAAAAGGAGAUACUGAGGAUCUUAUCUAUGGAUUUGGUUCCGGAAAACGUGGUCAACUUGGUAUAUCUGAUGACAAACAGAAGUUAGUUAGCACUCCUCAGGUUACUUUGGGUUUUGAAAAUGUCAAAAUCAGGAGUAUCACUGCAAAUGGAGAUCAUAGUGCAGCAAUAUCCGUGAACGGGCAUUUAUAUGUAUGGGGAAGAGCAUUCUGUGGAGCCCCAGAUGUGUAUAGGCCCCGCCGUGUUACUGCAGAGUUAUAUUUCAGCCAGGUUGCUUUAGGAUGGAAUCACGCUCUUGUAUUGACAGGUGAUGGGGAAGUAUACAUGCUUGGCAGGUACAAUUAUAAUGUUCCUACUGGAGCUCAGAAAACGAACAUGAUGAGUCAUCGUAUGUCUGAUGAAGGUGCCCUACAAAGAGUCCUUGACCUCGAUAGUACAAAGGUCGUCCAAAUUGGCACAGGAGCUGAGCACUCUGCCGUGAUAACAGCAGAUGACGGAUCAGUAAUGACAUGGGGGUGGGGUGAACAUGGUCAGCUUGGGUUAGGAGAUACAAAUGAUCAAACAGUUCCGCGGGUUGUAAGUUUAUGCAAUGAACAGUCUAGGAAACCGUGUGUUGGUAGAGUUUGCUGUGGCAGUGGUUUUACAUUUGUUAUCAGGACGUAUGCCGUGAAUUCCAGUUUCUAAUAUAGCGAUAUUCAGGAUUUGAAAUGUAAUUGUCCACUAUGUUGCUUAUCAAAAUAAUUUUUUUCUAUUU